AUGUCUGCCUCUCUCCCUGGCAGCCGGGAUAUGCCCGCAUCCCAAUAUGACCUGACCACAUACUGGGGUCGCGUGCGUCAUUCUGCCGACAUUGCUGAUCCUCGGACGCUGUUCGUGUCCUCGUCUGGUCUCGAGGCCGCCAAGAACCUCAUCGCUUCCUACAAGCAGAACCAUAUUCCCGUCAUGACACCAGAGCUGUGGACGGCCAAGAAAGUGGUCGACGCGACUCUGCACCCUGACACCGGCGAAUCCGUUUUCCUGCCUUUCCGCAUGUCCGCCUACGUGUUGACCAACUUGGUUGUCACAGCGGGUAUGCUGACACCAGGAUUGCAAACCACCGGCACCGUCCUCUGGCAAAUCGGCAACCAGUCCCUCAACGUCGCCAUUAAUAAUGCCAACGCCAACAAAUCCACCCCUCUCUCAUUGUCCCAGAUCGGCAAAUCCUACCUCAUGGCCGUCUCAGCUUCCUGCUCCGUCGCAGUCGGUCUGAACGCCCUAGUCCCCCGUCUCAAAGUCGCCCCAAACACCCGUCUAAUCCUAACUCGUCUCGUCCCCUUCGCGGCAGUCGCCUCCGCCUCCGCCCUAAACGUCUUCCUUAUGCGCGGCGAGGAAAUCCGCCAAGGAAUCGACGUCUACCCCGUCCUCUCGGAGGCUGAGCGCGUAAAGCGCGAGUCAAACCCAGACGCAGAGCCCCUCCAAAGUCUCGGAAAGAGUAAGAAGGCCGCUACUCUCGCCGUCGGCGAAACGGCCAUCUCACGCGUCCUAAACGCUACUCCCAUCAUGGUCCUGCCGCCGCUUCUCCUCGUUCGUCUGGAGAAGACUAACUGGCUCCGUGCUCGUCCUAAGAUGGUUAUGCCGGUUAAUCUGGCGCUAAUUCUGGGCACUUCGCUGUUUGCGCUGCCGCUGGCUCUGGCGGCUUUCCCUUCGCGUCAGGCUAUUAAUGUUAGUAGUCUGGAAGAGGAGUUCCAGGGUCGUGGUGGUGCUGGUGGUAUGGUGGAGUUCAAUCGUGGAAUGUAA